UUCUUUGAACGCCAGAACGGUACAGUAUAAAACACGCUCGGGUGCACCCGUCUCUCACACCCCUGCGGUAGAACACCCGGCCGGCGCGCGUGAGCCAUGCUUCUCUCAGCCCAAAUCCAGCUCGCGCAUUUCAUUUUGCUUCGGUGCGUGAGCAAGCUGCAGAGCAUCUUCGCAGAUAUGCUGGGAACCGCGUGCAGCUGGAUGGGGUGGCUCUUCUCCCCCCGCACGCGGGCUGCGGGACACCCGGGGGCGCGCGCGGCCCUCGCGGAGAGGGACUCGCGAGCCGCGCAGCGCACGCCGACCCCGAGCAGCGUCAAUUACCACCUCACUCGCAAGUGCAACUACAAGUGCGGCUUUUGCUUCCACACGGCGAAGACCUCCUUUGUUCUGCCCAUUGAAGAGGCAAAGAGAGGUCUGCAACUGCUGAAGGAAGCAGGAAUGGAAAAAAUAAACUUCUCUGGUGGAGAGCCCUUCUUUCAUGAAGGUGGGGAAUUCCUGGGAAAACUGGUCCAGUACUGCAAGCAAGACCUUCAGCUGCCAAGUGUUAGUAUUGUCAGCAAUGGAAGUAUGAUCAAAGAAGGCUGGUUCAAGAAAUAUGGGAAGUAUCUCGACAUCCUUGCCAUUUCCUGUGACAGCUUCGACGAGGACACCAACAAACUGAUCGGCCGUACCCAAGGCAGGAAAAGCCACCUGGACAACCUGUUUAAGGUGCACAGCUGGUGCAGGCAGUACAAGGUGGCUUUCAAAAUCAACUCCGUCAUCUGCAGCUUCAACGUGGAGGAGGACAUGAGGGAGAACAUCCGGCAGCUGAACCCAGUGCGUUGGAAGGUGUUCCAGUGUCUGAUCAUUGAUGGUGAGAACGCUGGAGAAAGUGCCCUCAGGGAUGCUGAGAAAUUUGUCGUCGACGAUGAGCAGUUCCAGGCCUUCCUGGACCGCCACGCCGAAAUCCAGUGCCUGGUCCCCGAAUCCAAUCUGAAGAUGAGAGAUUCCUACCUUAUCCUCGAUGAAUAUAUGCGCUUUCUUGACUGUAGAGGAGGAAGGAAAGACCCUUCGAAGUCCAUCCUUGACGUGGGCGUGGAAAACGCCAUCCAGUUCAGCGGCUUCGACGAGAAGAUGUUCCUGAAACGAGGUGGAAAAUAUGUGUGGAGCAAAGAAGACAUGAAGCUGGACUGGUGACCUGUGGAAAGAAACCUCAGUGCGGCAGCUCAAUGGCAUACAUAUUUUCUUCAAAAACAGAUUUUGCACAAAAUCUCCUUGCACUUAAAACUUGUACAAAGAAUGAGAAGUAUUUUGUUUGUACGAUGUUUUGACUUAAUAGUGAUGCUAAAGCAAUUUCAUUUCCUUUAUAUCCCAUCUGUCACUGCAGUUUUAACUGUCAAAUAUUUUUCAGUGUUUGGAUGCAUUAAUUACUUG